AAAAGUCAUUUAAGGAAGUAGUUCGUUGAAAUAGAUUCGCCGACCGAAAAUCCUCAUGAUGUCGGCACCUGAACUUCUGUCUAGUGCUCUCAUGGCUGCCAGGAGAAUUGUGGUCUUCCCCUCCUCUGUGGAGCUCGGCCCGGUGCUGGCCCAUUUGGUGACCUCUCGAGCUGAGAAGGCCAUCACAUCCCGUGGCAGGUUCACUCUGGGACUGUCUGGCGGAAGCUUAGUCUCCAUGCUCGGCAAAGAGCUGCUUGCCCUGCCAGAGCUGGACUGCAGCAAGUGGGUGGUUGGUUUUUGUGAUGAGAGAUUGGUUCCCUUUGAUGAUCCCGAGAGCACAUAUGGUUUAUACAAGAGUAAAUUAUUUUCCAAGGUCAACAUCCCUGAUAGUGGGAUUUUAACCAUUGAUUCAACUCUGUCUGUCAGUGAGUGUGCGGAGGACUAUACCCACAAACUGAAGGAGGCCUUCCCAGAUGACGACUUCCCUGUGUUUGACUUGUUACUGCUGGGCAUGGGGCCUGAUGGACACACCUGUUCUCUCUUCCCAGACCACCCUCUCUUGGAGGAAACCAAGAAGAUUGUGGCCCCAAUCAGUGACUCUCCCAAACCACCACCACAGCGUGUAACUAUGACUUUUCCAGUGGUGAACUCUGCACGCUGUGUGGCUUUUGUAUCAACAGGAGGAAGUAAAGCACCCAUUUUGAAGGAAGUGCUAGAGGGCAGAGAGGGUCCAGCCUUUCCAGCAGCCCGUGUUGUUCCAACCAAUGGUGAGCUGUUCUGGCUUGUUGAUGACCCUGCAGCUGCCUCCUUAACUAUUCAAGUAGAGAGGCCAGGCUCAGGAGCCAAACUGUAGAGCCUUUCCAACAAUGAUGUGAAUAUGAAUGAAUUGACUUAAAAUGGUGCAGAACAAUCCCACUCUCACAUCCCAACAAAGAGUUUAAUUAGUUUACACAUCAGUUGAGAGAGAGUAUGGGGACCAAACAAUUCACAACAUGGUUUAAAUUUCCAUCAAAAUGUUUGUGUAUGUGUGUUCAUUGUUCAUGUGAGGAGGUACAUCAGAGGUUAAGCACUAUUUAGGUUUUAAAGUCACUGUACACGACACGUAUUGCUUACUGUCGGUAUUGUAACUAGUCUUACUCCAACAAGAAUGCUGUGGACAAAACCACAUCAGAUAAAAGUAUUAUUUAAAGCAGAAGUCUUGUCAGACGAUGGGCACAAAGGCAUUUUAGUAAACUAGAUAUUCAUAACACAUUUAUCCAUUCACAUGACACCGCCAUUAACAUUACAGUAAAGUAACAAUAUGCUCAUAGUCUUGUAAAAGGGAAGUAAUAUUAAGGCAAUUCCACCUUAUUUCUAUAGGAAUCACCAAGUUAAUGUUAAUAAUUCAUUUUGAUCCACACACCUUUUUAUGUAAUUGCAUUGCAGUGAUUGUAAUUCUCAUUACCAAGCUAUAUCAUUGGAAAGUCCUUUUCAGGUAUUACCAUGUUGCUACUGUACUGUAAGGUAUGGUAUUAUGCUUAGCUCAUUAGAGGCGUGUUUCCGCGUGUAUGUUCCCUCAAACAUACAAUAAACUUUGUUAUAAGCAAUUAAAGGUAAUAAAAUGCCAAUGAAACAUUA